AUGAUUAUGAAGGACUCUGUUGUUGUGUCUGCUAGUCCUCAAAGAAUGGGUCUGUAUUGGACACCAGACAAUAGUGACAGAUCUACAAACAAAAACAGUAAAAAGGUUAGACUAAGGCUGGUUGAAAAAUGGCUUGCUGAUUAUUCCAAAGAUUCAUCAUCUAAUCCAUUCAUUUUACCCGUUGAUGUUACAAUUGAAAAUGAUGACCCAAAGAAGAGUAGAUCGGCUUCAAAAUGGAUCUUUGAAACAGUUAUGAAGAAUUCAAGGUUUCAUAGCGGUGAAUUAGAUUCAAAAAUUGUUGAAAAAGGUGAUGAUUUAGUUGACUCAUUACUUCAUGGUUUAUCAUACGUAAAAUGGGAAAAGAACAGAAUGAUUUUGAAUAUGGAGAUGAAGGAAUCCAUUGAUGCAGUUAUAGAAACAAGUGACAAGAUGUACUUGUCACAUAUGAAAUCUCUAGAAUUUUUGGAUUCGAAGAAUAACAAAAAAGAUAUACCUCUUGAAGAAACUGAGAAACCAAAGGUUAAAAGAUCAAGAAAAACCAGCAAAAGAAGAACUAAAAUUGAGGAAACAGCUUAG